GCGCGGCCAUGGCGGCGGCCCCGGCGGAGGCGGAGACCCGGCAGCGGCUGCUGCGCACCGUCAAGAAGGAGGUGAAGCAGAUCAUGGAGGAGGCUGUGACCAGGAAGUUUGUGCAUGAGGACAGCAGCCACAUCAUCUCUUUUUGUGCCGCCGUGGAAUGCUGUGUGCUGUUCGGGCUGAAGCGGAGGGCGGCCGGGUUCCUGCGCAGCAACAAGAUCGCAGCGCUGUUCAUGAAGGUGGGCAAGAGCUUCCCCCUGGCAGAGGAGCUCUGCAGGAAGGUGCAGGACCUGGAGCAGCUCAUUGAGAACGCGCGAAACCAGGCCCAGGGGGUCCCGGAGAACGUGCGCAAGGUGCCGAAGCUGCCCAACCUGUCUCCUCAGGCCAUCAAGCACCUCUGGAUCCGCACAGCCCUCUUCGAAAAGGUCCUGGAUAAAAUCGUGCACUACCUGGUGGAGAACAGCAGUAAGUACUAUGAGAAGGAAGCUCUCCUGAUGGAUCCUGUGGAUGGGCCAAUUCUUGCAUCUUUACUGGUGGGGCCCUGUGCACUGGAAUACACCAAGAUGAAGACUGCUGACCACUUCUGGACAGACCCCUCUGCAGACGAGCUGGUGCAGAGGCACCGGAUCCACAGCUCCCACUGCCGCCAAGACUCGCCCACCAAGCGCCCGGCGCUCUGCAUUCAGAAAAGACAUUCCAGUGGCAGCAUGGAUGACAGGCCAUCCCUGUCUGCCAGGGACUACGUGGAGUCCCUGCACCAGAAUUCCCGAGCCACACUCCUGUACGGCAAGAACAACGUCCUGGUGCAGCCGCGAGAUGACAUGGAGGCAAUCCCGGGAUAUCUGUCCCUCCACCAGACUGCCGACAUCAUGGCACUGAAGUGGACCCCCAACCAGCUGAUGAACGGCUCCGUGGGGGACCUGGACUACGAGAAGAGCGUGUACUGGGACUAUGCCAUGACCAUUCGCCUGGAGGAGAUCGUGUAUCUGCACUGCCACCAGCAAGUAGACAGUGGUGGCACGGUUGUCCUGGUGAGCCAGGAUGGCAUCCAGAGGCCACCUCUGCGCUUCCCCCGUGGAGGACACUUGCUGCAGUUCCUGUCCUGCCUGGAGAACGGCCUCCUGCCCCACGGGCAGCUGGAUCCACCCCUCUGGUCACAGCGGGGAAAGGGAAAGGUGUUUCCCAAGCUGAGGAAGCGCAGCCCCCAGGGCUCCUCUGAGUCCGCGUCCGACAAGGAAGAUGACGAAGCCACGGAUUAUGUCUUCAGGAUCAUCUACCCUGGGACACAGGCGGAGUUUGUGCCCCAGGACCUGAUGGACGCUCCAGGGGCUGUCCUGCCCCCCAUGUGGCAGCCCAGCACCCGCAAAUCCUCCUGCUCCUCCUGCUCCCAGAGCGGCUCCUCCGACGGGGGCCCGGCCAAUGGCUGCAGCCACGAGAGAGCUCCACUGAAGCUCCUGUGUGACAACAUGAAGUAUCAGAUCCUGUCCAGGGCCUUCUAUGGCUGGUUGGCCUACUGCAGACACCUGUCCACGGUGAGAACCCACCUGUCAGCGCUGGUGAACCACAGCAUCGUGUCCCCUGACGUGCCCUGCAGCGCCAGUGCCGGGCUCACCGUGGACAUCUGGCACAGAUACCUGCAGGACAGCUCGAGUUACGAGGACCAGGAGCUGCUGCGGCUGAUCUACUACGGCGGGAUCCAGCACGAGAUCAGGAAGGCGGUGUGGCCCUUCCUGCUGGGCCAUUACCAGUUUGGGAUGACGGAGGCGGAGAGGAAGGAGGCUGAUGAGCAGACCCGGGCGUGCUACGAGCACACGAUGGCAGAGUGGCUGGGCUGCGAGGCCAUCGUCCGGCAGCGCGAGAAGGAGUCCCACGCCGCAGCCCUGGCCAAGUGCUCCUCGGGGGCCAGCCUGGACUCCCACAUCCAGAGGAUGAUGCACAGGGACUCGACCAUCAGCAACGAGUCCUCGCAGAGCUGCAGCUCCGGCCGGCAGAAUCACGCCCGGCUGCAGAGUGACUCCAGCUCCAGCACCCAGGUGUUUGAAUCUGUGGAUGAGGUGGAACAGACUGAAGUGGAUUCUCAGCUGGAAGAUGGCAAGCAAAGCAAGAUCCCAAAUGGGACAGUCCCCAAUGGCACAUGUUCUCCUGAUUCUGGGCACCCCUCCUCCCAAAACUUCUCCAUCACAUCAGGGUUCUCGGAGCGCAGCUUCAGCAACGAGGACAGUGCUCUGGAAACCACCAAAUCCUCAUCCAGCUCCCAGGGCAAGGCUGCUGGGUCCGAUGUGCCAGCCCCACCGGACACGGAUGGUGUCCAGCAGGAGAAGCUGGAAGGCCAAGACAGCCUGGAAGGUGAAUUUCCCACCGGUGGAAAUGUGGACUUUGUCCCCAUGGGUGAGGGCUCAGCGGGGCUCCUGCGUGACAGUGACAGCGUGGCCCUGGCUGUGGUGGAGAGCUGGGCAGACAGCGAGGCUGAGAAGCAGAGCCUGGUGGAGAGUGAGGACAACCUCUCUGAGGAGCCAGAGAUGGAGAGUCUGUACCCACAGCUGGACUCUCUGACUGUGACUGACCUGACCAGCAGUGAACCAGCUGCUCUCUCCUCCACGGGUGUCACCUACUCUCCAGAGCUGCUGGACAUGUACACGGUGAACCUGCACCGCAUCGAGAAGGAUGUGCAGCGCUGUGACCGCAACUAUUGGUACUUCACCCCUGCCAACCUGGAGAAGCUCCGCAAUGUCAUGUGCAGCUACAUCUGGCAGCACAUUGAGAUUGGCUACGUGCAGGGGAUGUGUGACCUGCUGGCCCCUCUCCUGGUCAUCCUGGAUGAUGAGGCUCUGGCUUUCAGCUGCUUCACGGAGCUGAUGAAGAGGAUGAACCAGAACUUCCCCCACGGAGGAGCCAUGGACACCCACUUUGCCAACAUGAGGUCGCUGAUCCAGAUUCUGGACUCUGAGCUCUUCGAGCUGAUGCACCAGAAUGGAGAUUAUACUCAUUUCUACUUCUGCUACCGAUGGUUUCUCCUGGACUUCAAGAGAGAGCUGGUGUACGACGACGUCUUCGCCGUCUGGGAGACCAUCUGGGCUGCUGCUCACGUCUCCUCUGCUCACUACGUGCUCUUCAUAGCCCUGGCCCUGGUGGAGAUGUACCGGGACAUCAUCCUGGAGAACAAUAUGGAUUUUACAGACAUCAUCAAGUUUUUCAAUGAAAUGGCCGAACGCCACAACACCAAACAGAUCCUGAAGCUGGCUCGGGACCUGGUCUAUAAAGUGCAGACUCUGAUCGAGAACAAAUGAAGGACCUGGGGCAGAUGAGGCACCCAAAGAGCCGGGACUCCCCUCCAAUGCUGGCUCCCUUCUCCUGUUUCUCCAGGUGCCACACCUGUGGGACUCAGGUGGUGGGACACGUGCUGCUAUGUGAGCUGGGCUCAGCACAGGCCCCGGCUCAGACCUUCUGCAGUGACUCAACCAAAGAUCCCUCCAGGUGUGUUCCUGUGCUGGGAGCAGGACCAGGCAGUGGCUCCCUGCCCUGGGAGAGGCAGCAGCUGCCGUGGCCACCAAAACUGCCCCGGCGUUGCCACAUCCCAGAGCGGAGCUCAGGGGCUGGGGGAGCAGAGCUUGGUGGCACAGAGGGGAAAGCUGAUUCCUUGGAAAGCUGCUUCCUUGGGCAGCCCUUCCCUGUGGUGUGGGAAGGCAGCCAGCCCUGUGAGCUCAAGCAGCACAGGGAUGCUGCCAGUUCUCAGCCUCUCACCAACACAACGAGGUUCUGCCAGUAAUGGGGGGGACUUUGAUCACAGAAGUUCCUCUUUUGAUCUUGUCCCUCUACGCAUUGCUUCCCCUUCAGUAUUUUCUUUUUUUAGGGCUCUGUUUUUCCCCUGGGAUUUUACAUUGUUCCUACAAUAUCCGAACACACAAGAGCUUUGUGUCUGGAUGGAUUUUCAGAGCAGCUUCAAAUUCAGCAUUGGGGUUAUUUUUCAAAAUCCAGCCUCUGUAAUGUUCUCUGAACACUGAGAAAUCUGGUCCUGACCUCCUCUGGGAACUCCAGGCUGGAGGUUUUCUUACCUGCCUUACUUUAGCUGCCUGUGGUCGGAGUCUGGUCCCCUUGUUGUUCCCCUGAGCUCUUGUGAGGGAAGGGCUCCUCAGAAGGCAAGUCAGAGCUCCUGAUUAUCCUGACUUUCCCUCUGACAGCUUCAGGGCUGGCUGUUGAGUCCCCUAAACACACUGAGCAUCUCCAGUUCGGUCUCGGUGGGCUUCUCCCACAGGCCUGUGAGAGGAAAAUAGCCCAAGGUCCCUGAGUGGUCUUUGCUUUGGGAAGAUGCACUUGUGUGGCCACUUUUCCUGCACAGCCUGGAGCCCACUGCAUGAAGUGCCUCUCCAGCUGCUGUGUCCCACACAGGCUGCCCUGCAGAGGCUUCGGAGUCAUUUUUCAACUCAGGUAAAAACAAUACAGGAAAAGGAGAGGGGGUGGGUGGAGGGUCCAGCCCAGCCAGGGAGGGCUGGAGCUCUCUCUGAGGGUACUUUCUCUCAAGUUUUGCUGCAAACAUUUGUGUUCCCCCCUGGUGCAAUGUGUGCUGUGUGUGUGCUCUCCUCUGGCCCUGCUCCUGCCUUGCUGCUGGAGUGCUCCCAUGGGAGGGAAAGGGGUCAUUCCUCUUCCCCCCAUGGAAUAUCUGUCUGUGCUGGUUUGUGUUGGCUUGUGGCACGUGUCAGAUGUUGCUGGCAGAAAAAAAAGGCAGUUGUCAAUCUGCACCAGGGAAAAAAUGCUGCUUCAGGGAAGGUCUGAGGAGCGUGAUAGCGUGGUUUGCUGUUUCUGAGCAAAUCAGCAAUUUCUGUGUUCUGGGACAUGGAGGUCGCAGCUGGAAAAGGCAGUGGCACAUCCUGAACCCUUUGAGGAAGGGGCUGGGGCAGGGGGAGAGCAAUGGCCAACCCUCAUAAUCCCAACAAGAUGUGUAGAACAAUCUGGGAAAUUCCCUGAAGCAGUAAAAACCCAAAGGGUGCUGGGCUGCACAGGAAACAAAGAGCUUGAGAUCUGCCAGUUCCUGUGGGAAUCUUUCUUCCUUCCACCAAGAAGAGUGAAAAGCUCAAAUCCUCUCUCCUUCCCAGGCUGUUCCUGUUCCCUCAGGGUUCUAGGACAGAUCUGUCACCUGUCUGGAGGGAAAGGGAUGUGCUCUGUUCUCCCCUUCCUGAGGGACAGGGACCCACAGGAAAAACCACCUGACCAAGCGACGUUGCUGACACUAAACCUUUCAAGCUUUCCUUGGUUUUUAGACAAAAACAGCCAAGAAAUUCUGCACAAUAUUUGCUGUCUGUAUUAACUGAGAGUGUCUCUGGGCCGCUCAAUAGCAGUGUUUUUUGAAUAAUUUCUGGGGGGAAAAAAAGUAUUUAUUUAUUGAUUGUACCUGACUGUGUGUCCUUGUGUGCUGGCGUGUGAGUGCGCGCUGUUGUGCAAAUGGAGAUAGAAAUUUUCAAUGUUAUUUAUGAUAUCUUGUAAAUGUUUACCAGAGAAUCGUGUCUAUAUAUAAUAUAUAUACAGUAUAGAGAGAAAAUAUGUGAACUAAGUGGGUUAUUUUUUGAAGGGGGGAGGUUUGAGAAAUUUUUUGCUUCUAAGAACUGUGUGGUUUCUAUAGCACCUAUUCCAUGAUGUGCCAAUCUGUCACUGUCCCAGUGCUGGGAGGGCUGUUCUGGUGGGGCAACAGGAAGCUCAGAGCAGAGCCACCAUCACAACCUCAGUUUGGCUUCAUCUUGGUUCCCAUUUUAAGACUGGACAAGAGAAAAAAAAAAAAAAAAGGAGGGAAAAAUAAUAUAAAAAACUUUGUUUCAGCUGUGUUGCUGGGCAAGUUCUUCUGCUUGUGGGAACCCACAGUGGGACCCCACCAGGAGCCUGGGGCUCUCUUUGAUGGUUGAAAGCUGCUAAGAAGCUGAAAAGCAAAGGUUUUGCUGUGCAGCUGUUUGUGGGUCUUCUCUGGUCUCAUCCUCUCCUGCCUGGCUCUGCCCCCCUGCUGGAUCCCCAUGAGAUAAAGCCUUGUUCUGGAAUUCUGACAGGGGCAAUCGUGGCCCUGGAAGGCAGCAGGGCUCUCUCCCAGCUGUGCAGCCUGCUUGCCAUGCAGGAGAGGCCUGUCACCAGGCUUGUCCAUAUACAGUAAUCUUGUCUGGCCCCUUGGGGAAGAGGAAUGUCUCAUCCCAGCAGCUCUGUGCAGCUGAACCCACCCCCCCACCACAAUGGCACUGCCAGCCCAGGGCUAUUUUAGCCUGUUGUUGGCUCUGUGGGAACAGGGACUGGAGCUCUGUGCCUUAAUCUGUCAGAUGGCAGGGUUAGACUGGAUUUUAGGAAGAAAUUCUUCACUAUAAGGCACUGGCGCUGGUUGUCCAGAGAGCUGUGGCUGCCCCAUCCCUGGAAGUGUCCCAGGCCAGGUUGGAUGGGGCUUGGAUCAACCUGGGAUGGUGGAAGGCGUCCCUGCCAUGGCAGGGGAUGGAACUAGGUGAUUCCUAAGUUUCCUUCCAGCCCCAACCAUUCCAUGACUCCACGCUUUCUGAGGAGACUGCUGCAUUCUCCCCUGGCUGCAGCGAGGGUUGCACGAGCUGCCAGCUCACGUUCUCUGCUCCAGUCACUCCAGAGAUGAGCCUGAGGAAGGAUGGGCUCCAUGGGCUGAGUUCAGCUCCCAUCACACCCUCGCUGAGCACCACAUUGCUCUGGGGUUUGGGGUUUGUCUCACACUCCAGCUCCUGAGCUCAGAUAAUCUCAGUGUGUGUAAAUCCACUGAGUGUUUGUGUCCUGGCCCUGUGUUCACCUGAGGGAGUGACAAAUGGACCCUUGUCCCUGACAGGUGAAAAAAAGGCUGAGAGAUGGAGCUAAUGAAGAGGUGGGUUGGGGUCCCAAAAUCCCUGGAGACACAAGCCUUGUGGCCAAGAGCAGUUUAUGGGACAAAAUUCUUCUUAUUCUUUGUUAUUUAUUUAUUUAUUACAUAAUUUGUGUGACUAUUUCCCCUCUCUUUCCUGGAUUAUCCUGAGGUUGGUCCCCAGCACUGGGAGCCACUGUAGCCAAUCUGACCAGGGACAGAACCAGUUUUUGGGAUUCUCAUCCCCUAAGUUUGCAUUUGAAAUUUCCUACAAAAUCUAAAUCACUUUUCUCUAGAGAUGCAGUGGGAGCCUCUGAACCUUUGAUUAGCAGGACCAAAAUGAUGGUCAUGUCAUCAAAACUUCUUAUUUCUCAUUCAAUUUGGGAAUUUCUCUGAGUACUGAGCAGUUCUGGGCUUGUCUUCAGCAUUUUACUAUUGUGUGAGCACAAAUUGAUAGAGCACAAUGUAGAGAUGGAAUUCCAACCCUUCCUAGCACUAUGGAAAGGCUGGAACUCAUCAGAACCUGUGCCAGAAAUUCCUAUAAAAGCUUUUUCAGACACCCUGAAAGUAGAUCAAAUGCCACUGACUGUUCCUGCUUUUCCACUCAUGGUCAGCAUCCUCACUGCCCUGAAUAAGCAAUAUUUUACUGAUUAAGGCAUCUGAACAAUUGUGGUCCUCAGUGAAGUCACAUUUCUGUCCUCUGGUGGCCACGUGGGCCAUGGCUGAGGCCAUUUGGUGCCGUAGCCACACGUUCACACAGCUCAGUGUGUGGAUCCCUUCCCAACUCUGCCCAAACCCUGAACUUCCCGGAGAACGUACGCGAUUGAAAUAGCCGUGGAAGUCUUAUAGUGUGUCUAAUCUAAUUUCUAAUCUAAUUUUAGAUUGGUGAUAAGCAUAUUCCACCUUAAAUUCCUGUUCAGUAGUUUAAUAGCUUCCUUUUAUAGAUGGGUUUUGCACAUGGAGGCUGAGCAGAGCCCAUGGAUGGUGCUGCAGGGGACAGUCCCCUCUCCACGGUGGCUCCUGAGCCAUCGGCAGUGGGACAUGACCAGGAGCAAGAACACUUUGCAUCAGUGCUUUGAUGAGGGGGAGAAAAGCACCAUUUAUCCUUUUUUUAAACUUUUUUUUUUUUUAAACUAAUUAAUGCUAAAUAUUAAACUAUGCACAAGAUCUUAAAUACAUGGAAGUUUUAGGAAUGAGUAUGGCUUUGCUGCUAAGGAUGAUAAAAAAUUGAAAAUCCAUAUCCUGGAUACUGAGAGACUAAAAAUGUCAUUGUUAUGACUAUGUAGGAUUGACUUAAAUUCUCAGAAAUUCAUUCUCUCUGGAAAGUAAUUCCCAGAAGCCAGGGAAGAAAUUGUUUUCCCAAACAGAAUUAAUGAAAAGCUUUGAAAAUGCAACGUGGAUGUAACCUCAGACCCACGAUUGUCACUUCCCUUGUUCACAGAGUGUUCUGGAGAGCCAGGCAGGGUGACAGGGUGUGACAGCCAUCGUGGGGGCUCUGUGGGACAGGGAAUUACCCCUCAGCACAGGGAUUUGAAUGUAUCUGGUGUCCUGGCAUUAUACUUUUCUGUUGCCCUACACAGAAUUGCUGCUUUUCUCUGUUGGAUGCCAUUUUGGUCUCUGGGAGUUGCUCGAUCUGAGCUUAACGAGCACUUACAGCUUUUAAUCUAUUUGUAGAAGUGCUGCUAAUGUUCUUAGAUUAUCUGAAUUCCACACUGUGGUAUAAUAAUCUGUUUUAUAUUAUUUUAUUCAUGCUUUUGGUUUGUUUUUUUUAAAUGUAAACUGUUCCUUAUUGUUGUUGAGAAAGAAAAAUUAAAGCUCUAUUCUCUAUGGUUAAUGUA